GCCCCACCCCCCCAGUCGACCAAUGGGAGGAGGUGGGGGUGUGCCCUUGAGGCGGUAGGCGGCGGCGCGGGGCUUCCUCCUCGUGUUCGGCGUUGAGCCCCCGCUGCCGCCUCGACCGCCACCGCUGCUGCCUUCGCCGCCACUGCUGCCGCCUUCGCCGCCACCGCUGCCGCGGUCGUCCCUGCCUGGCUCGUCCUCGGGGUACUCCCCACACGGUGAGACUGCUCUCCCUUCUGCCACCUCCCGGUUCCGCCCAGAUCGCGGAGAUCCCCUCGUGGUGGAGCCGCUGUUCUAGGCUCUUGCUGGUGUCCCUGGAGCAUGGCAGGCUGCUGAGCUUGAGCGGUGGUGUCUGGCAGGAGCUGCGUGUCUCACCCCAUGGCAGGGAGGGCGUCCAUGGCUGCAGCCAACAAGGGCAACAAGCCCAGAGUUCGGAGUAUCCGCUUUGCGACAGGCCAUGAUGCAGAAGGCUCCCAGAGCCAUGUCCACUUUGAUGAGAAGCUGCAUGACUCCGUGGUCAUGGUCACCCAGGAGAGCGACAGCAGCUUUCUGGUCAAGGUUGGCUUCCUGAAGAUCCUGCACAGGUAUGAGAUUACCUUCACUCUGCCCCCAGUGCACAGGCUGAGCAAGGACGUCCGCGAGGCACCUGUCCCCAGCCUGCACCUCAAGCUCCUCAGCGUCAUGCCCAUCCCAGAAGGUUACAGCGUCAAGUGUGAGUACUCAGCGCACAAGGAGGGCGUCCUCAAGGAGGAGAUGCUGCUAGCCUGCGAAGGUGGCACCGGCACCUGCGUGCGCGUGACGGUGCAGGCGCGCGUCAUGGACCGCCACCACGGCACACCCAUGCUGCUGGAUGGUGUCAAGUGCGUGGGUGCUGAGCUCGAAUACGACUCGGAGCACAGUGACUGGCACGGCUUCGACUGAGGCCCGCGCCUCCACCUGCCUCGGGGCCCCUCAGCCUUAAACCCCACCUUAUCUCCCCGAAUGCUGUUUGAUGGUGUGGCUUCCUCGCCCCUCCCCAGGGUGGGUGUGGAGGUGGAGAAUCCAAGGGCCUCCAAGCCAGAGCCUCACCCACACUUCUCACCUCAUUUGUACCACCUCCCUGCUCCUCCUCUCCCACUUCGUCCUGUGUGCCUCAGUCUCCUGUGGAAGAAAUGGGUUGAGCCCCCAAGGAGGCUGUCUGAGGAGGGAUGGGAGGGGCCUGGGGGGGUUCUACCCACCCCCGACCCCAAGCCAUAGGGGCUCUAGCCAGGACCUGGGAGAGGAGGGAGCUGGCUCUGGGGCAUAGCCAUCCCCGUUACCACUGCUGCUGUCUCGCUUUAGCCACCUCUCCUGUCCCCUCCCUCUUUCCCACUGUUGUCCACGGUGAGUAGGAGGGAGGUACAGUUUCCAACUCCUAACCCCCAGGUCUGUGUUAUUUGGUUUUUAAACAACUGGUUGGGAUAAAACCCUAAAGAAAUAAAACUUUCAGUGGAUACCAAA